CCUGUCGGCGCUUUGCUUCACACUGAAAAAUUUGACGGGAGAGUUCGACUUCGAGAACUUCUGAAAGCCACUGUUUAAACAGCUCUGCACUCGGUUCACCGUUUUAAAGGUUCACCGACCCCUAAAACCCUUUAUAGAACACAAUGGUCAGUUUGCGAGUAGGAAUUCUCUUAAUCAUUUUCCUCUUGGUAUUCAAGUCUCACGCUUUCACUGCCAUUGACGCAGUGGUCGAUGAUCCGGUGACCCUCCCAUGUGAAAUUGUGUGCCUUGGUGACGGCAAGUGGACCAUCUUUAUCCCUGCUGAAGCCGAUGUUGCUCACUGUCAGAAGGGAAUAUGCACGGUUGAAAAUCGCUUUCAGAAAAGAUUUGCUUUCCAAGGAAACGCUUCAAAAGGAAACCUCUCCCUGCAGAUCAAGUCUGUCGUCUACAAUGACAAAGGCUCCUACAGGUGCAGCUGUGAUGGAAAAGUAGCAGAAGUAAAACUGAAGGUUUUUGUUCCUACAGUCGUGUCAGCACUUGUGCUGGAGAAUGUUACCCUCCCAUGCUAUGGAGACACUCGACGGGAUGCCAAGGAUGUACAGUGGAAGAAAGAUGGCCAAAUGGUUCUGUUGUACAAUCACUGGAAACAGACCAUGGCUACUGGUGAAGGCUUUGAAGACCGAUUUGUUCUGUCACAAGAAGCCUUUCCAGACGGUAAACUUUCCCUCCACAUCACUUCAGUUCGCCUCUCAGAUGCAGGAUUGUACCUGUGCAGCAUCCAUGAGGAAUUCCGUGAAGGAGAACCACGUGCUGUCCUGCUGAAAGUCCAAGAGAGCAGCCAACGUUGGUGCCUUGAAGUGGUCAUUGUACUGGCUAUAGGCCUAGUAUUGGUCAUUUUCCUCACCAUUUAUUUGUGCUGGAAGACCAAGAACAGCAGUGCUCCUGCUGGGACAGCAGUCGAUAAUCCUUCUCAACCUGUUCAGGAGCAAAGCGAACUAAUACUUAGUACAGCCUACGAUUCUCAUCAAACUACAGACCCCAAGAACUCUUCCACCCGGCCAUUCUGAGAAUUUUUAAUUUAUUUUUUAUAUAUAAACACAAAUCUAGGACUUGUUUGUCCUGGUCAAAUUUGUUUAAACCACAUUUGCUUUGUACCCCAAUUCAUAUCUGAUCUCCAUCUCCAGCCAGAUGAAACUGAGCAAUCAGCUUUUAAUGUGCUUGUCAUUUGGUACAUACCCCACUUCAGUAAGCAUAUACUCCUCUGCAAGAUACAAACUGGACAAAUGUAAAGCAGCAAGCUUGCAUUUGUAAUCCAUAUCCCAAUUAGGGUUUUAAUUGACUACAAAUAAUGGAAUUUUCCACCCAAAUUGUUCUUGUUGUUACAAAACUGCAGUAUUUUACCCUCCUGCAUCAUUGGGGUCAAUUUGACUAGAGCAAUUUAAACCACCAGGUUAGUAGAAUGAAUUUUUACUCAAUUCGAACAUGCAAGCAUGUAUUUUGGCUUUUGUCUCGCCCCUUCAGUGUCACCCUUAACACCGCUAUACCCAUUGUGCCAUCAGGCUGGUAACAAGGGCCACGACAAAAGCAGUUAAAUUCCUUUGCUGCAGUUCAAGUUUCAUGUAAAUAUCCUGUUUUAAUACCAAAAUAAAAACAAUUAAAGAACCAAAUCCUGAGAUUUUAUUCUUUGACAGAACAAAAGACUUUACAUAAACAUUUACAAUAGCAGCAGUUGGUAAUCCACACCAUACAAGACAUGAACCAGGCAUGACGUGUUGCUUUCCUAUACAUGCUCCACAGUUA